AUGAACAAAAAUGGAAAAAUUACACAUUACACCUAUCAGAGGAUAGAUGCAGGAGGACAAAACAGGUUCACAAAGUUCCUAUUAACCGGACUAGACAGAGAAGACGUAUUACUGGGAUUUCCCUGGUUACGAAAAGUCAAUCCUGUCAUUAACUGGAAAGACAAAGAAUUACCAAACUUGGACAAACACUCCAUCAGGAUGAACCAAACAACCACGGAAACAAAAAUUAGGACAACCGCAGUAAACGAGGAUGUGUACGAAACCAUUCAUAGAUACGUAUCCGACCAAACACCCUAUCCUCGAACCACGAUUCGAUUAAAGGUCAACUCGGCAAUGGAACACGCACAAAUACACGGAGAAAAGAAGGAGCAUAACCUCCUGGAUGAAUAUAAAGGGUAUUCAGACGUCUUUGACAAAAAGAAGUCGGAAAGACUCCCCAAGUGA